AAGCGAGUGAGUGUCCGAACCAACCAAAGAAAGAAAGAAAGAAUAGAAGACACAUCACAUUCACAUACAUACAUUUGGACAUACUCCACACACACUCUCUCUCUCCUCUAUUUCUGCUCUCAAAUGUAGUGGUAAAUCUUGUCCAAAUUGUACCUUCUGUUUCUGAGCUGCUUUUUGGGACUAUUUUUGGGAGAUGAAUAAAGAUAAACAACCAGAGCCAUUGGAUUUCUUCAUUUGGACUGUUGAGGAUGUUGGAUUGUGGUUGGAAGAGAUAAAUCUUGGUAAUUACCGUCAAGUUUUUGAAAAUAAUGGUGUUAAUGGGGAGUACCUGGAGAGCUUGUCCAUGUUUACAACUGAGCAGAUUUUGAGGUUUAUAAGGCGAUGCCAAAUGAAAUGGGGUGACUUCAUCACAUUGUGCAAGGAGCUCAGACGCAUUAAAGUGGCAUGUCUCAAGGGCGAGCAAGAAGUACGCCGACCAUGGUGGGCCCCUGCAUGCUUGUCAAUAGUUUUUGUUAAGGUCGCAAAACGUAAUAGACAAUCUCGUGUUGUUUCACUGAAGCUAGAACCAUGAUCCUAGCUUCACUUCUGUGUAUCACUUUUUUUCUUCUUUUUCUUAUUUACCGGAAAAAAUGUAUGUUCUAUAUUACUCUAAAAAAUCUGACAAGGUGUUGUACUAGUUUUCACUUAGGAGAAGUCUCCUUAUAUAUAUAAAUUUGUCAUUACAUUGUCAAUGUACAUGUGUUCUUCUUCUCUACUAGUUACUUCUCUGGUGUUGUUUGUUAUAUAAAGGUCAUAGUUGGUAAUAAUAAUACAAUGUUUUGAA